CUCAGACCAUCUGCCAAAAAAGCAUUAAAACAUCCAUAUCUGCAAUCUGCUGAAGAGAACUUUGAUAUGUUGUGUGAUGUGGUGAAUCAACUGGAGAUAGAGAUAAGUGAUCCUCUCCACUCAGAUGUCCAUAAGCAGUUAAAUGAUCCAGAAAAUUGGAUGGACCGUAUCGACGGAGAAAUUUUUAACAAUUUCAAUGACUUUGACCCUACAUUGUUAGGUUGCUUAAAAUUUUUACAAAACGUUCGCGAGCAUUGGCAAGAUGAACCUCACCCACAACUGCCGCCAAGUGAAAGCAACUAUAAAAAGUAUUUCCUGCAAGUUUUUCCAGAGCUUCCACUUCUGGUGCACAGAAUCAUAAGGUAUAUCGAAAGGAAAUCCACUCCAGAUCUGGGAGAACAAUUUGCUAGAGAAAUCAAUCGAGAGUCAAGUUCAUUUUCGUAUACCUGUCUUGAAGAACCAAGAAGCAGUGCAUCAACAUUCAAAGGUAUAUCUAAUGUAGUGGGAUUUUUUAUUAUUGAGAAAAUAAAUCAACAAACGUUGACUCGUAAACAAACAACCAUUUACAGCUCCCAAAAAUCUGUUAAAAAGUUAAAUAGCCAGAAGGGAACUUUCUUUUUGUCUUCUGAAGAAAAGAAAUCUUUGCUAUAUCUUCUAAAUGAUAAUGACAGUUAUGCUGAUAUUGCUUCUUACGAAAAGAUAUCUUUGCCAUCUCCCAUGAGUGACAACGACUAUGACGACAUUGACAAAACUACUUCUACAGCAGUACUUCGGUCAGAUGAGAGAGUUUUAGAAUUUGUCAUCAUGCUGUAA